CACUUAUCAUUUCUAAUGAACCUCCCUGUGAUUUUGAUGUUGUGUCUAAUCAAGAAGGAAUCUCUUUCUUUUGCAGUGCUGCCAUCUUUUUCUGGGAAUGUUCCAGGAGCACUCAAAGAUAUAUUCCCUUCUGCAAAUAUUACAAGACUAGGGGACUGGAACACUGUUGAUGGUGAUACUCGUUGGUGUUGUACUUUCCUUCUAGAUCCUUCUGAUCCUUUAUUCGUAGAGAUUGGGAAGGCUUUUAUUAAGCGACAAAUCAAAGGUGCGAUUCAUGUUUCUUAGUCACUCACUU